UGUUAGUGAAAUUAGUUGGAUUCCAUCGAGGAAAAAAAUAAUUUUAAUUGUAAAGAAAUCAAAAAAGAAAAUCCAAGAAAUUUCACAAAUCUACCGGAUUAGGGUUUCUAGCAACAGGUCCUGUCUCCGGUGACAAAAUUUCUGCAAAAUCUCUUCUUUUAUUGAGAUUGUUCAUGUUCGAGCGAGUGAUAACGUAAGCUUGUGAUAAAUCUGAUUCGAGAAAGGAGCUUUUUUUUUUAUCACAAGGAAGAGUCUUUUAAGAUGGAUGAGGGAGAUGGGAGAGAUCAGAUGGAUCAAUUUCAUCAAAACGAGGCGAUAUCUGCCGUUGCUGACGACGGGUUUAUGGCGGAGGAAGAGGAUGAUGAUUAUGAGGAUCUUUAUAACGACGUUAAUGUUGGAGAAGGGUUUCUUCAGUCUAUGAAAAAGAACGACGAAGCGGGAUCUAGAAACGAGGAAAAGGAGAAGGUUAAUAUGGAGGAGGAAGAUAGGGUUGAACCAGUUUUAGGUGAAGCUGAGGUUUCGAUUUCGAUACCUGGUUUGGUUGGUGAGAGCGUUGAGAAAGAAGCAGAAGCAGAGUCAGGAGGAGGAGGAAGUGGAAGUGGUACUGAUGUGGUGGUCGCUUCUAGUGGAUAUGGAGCUCAGGAGGUUAAGGUAAGCGAUGUUAGCCAGGAGAUUCCUGGUGGAAUUGGUACUGGUACUGGAGGUGGGCUGAGAGUUGAGCUAGGGCAAGCUUCUAAUCGGGCUAAUGAUCUCGAGGCACCUAGAGGGAAUAAUAUUUCGCAGGGUCUCUUGCCACCACCGCCUGUGUUGGGGAAUAACGAGAAUUUGAUGAGACCUGUGAUGGGUAAUGUUAAUGGCGGGAUUCCUCCUGGACCUGGUAGUAACAUGGUUGGGAACGGAGCUAAUAUCGCUAUGCCUGGUGUUGUUGGCGGGGGAACUGGUGGUGGAGGAGGCGGUGGAGCUUUUCUUUUCGUAGGGGAUCUGCAUUGGUGGACAACUGAUGCGGAGCUUGAGGCAGAGUUGUGCAAGUAUGGUGCAGUGAAGGAGGUUAAGUUCUUUGAUGAGAAAGCUAGUGGGAAGUCGAAAGGGUAUUGUCAAGUAGAGUUCUAUGAUCCUGUGGCAGCUUCGGCUUGCAAAGAUGCGCUGAAUGGGUAUCCAUUCAACGGUAGGCCUUGUGUUGUUGAGUAUGCGUCCCCAUAUUCGGUUAAGAGAAUGGGAGAGGCACAGGUGAAUAGGACCCAACAGGCUCAAUCUGUAAUUGCACAAGCUAAGAGAGGAGGGCCUGCUGAUCCUCCAAGUAAACCACUCGUGGCCAACAACAACAAUAACAACAACAACAACGCCAUUGGCGGGAAUUUCCAAGGUGGGGAAAAUAGAGGAUUUGGUAGAGGUAAUUGGGGUAGAGGCAAUGCUCAAGGAAUGGGUGGUAGAGGACCAGGUGGUCCAAUGAGGAAUAGGCCUAAUGGGAUGGGUGGAAGAGGUUUGAUGGGUAAUGGUGGGUUUGGUCAAGGAAUGGGUACAGGGCCUCCUAUGAAUAUGAUGCAUCAACCAAUGAUGGGGCAAGGGUUUGAACAAGCUUUUGGUGGACCGAUGGCGAGAAUGGGAGGGUAUGGAGGAUUCCCUGGGGCUCCAGGUCCACAGUUUCCUGGGCUUUUGUCAUCAUUCCCUCCUGUAGGAGGAGUUGGUUUACCUGGAGUGGCACCUCAUGUGAAUCCAGCAUUUUUUGGACGAGGGAUGCCGAUGAAUGGAAUGGGAAUGAUGCCUAAUGCUGGUGUUGAUGGAGGGCAUAAUAUGGGAAUGUGGGAUCCUAACAGUGGAGGGUGGGGUGCUGGUGAAGAUCUGGGUAGUGGAAGAGCUGCGGAAUCGAGUUAUGGGGAGGAAGCUGCAUCUGAUCAUCAGUAUGGAGAGGUUAAUCACGAAAGAGGGGCUCGUCCAAAUCCUGUGAAGGAAAAAGAAAGAGCUUCAGAAAGGGAAUGGUCUGGUUCAUCUGAUAGAAGGAAUCGUGAGGAUAAAGAUGCUGGUUAUGAAAGGGACAUACCGAGGGAGAAAGAUGUUGGUCACGGUUAUGAUAUGCCAGAGAGAAGGCAUCGUGAUGAUAGAGACACCGGUCGUGAGCGUGAGAGGGAACAUCAUCAUAAGGAUCGUGAACGCUCCAGAGAACAUGUUCGUGACAGAGAAAGGGAAAGGGAGAGGGAUCGUCAUAGAGAAGAACGAGAACGAUAUGGUGGUGAUCAUCGUACUAGACACAGGGACGAACCUGAACAUGAUGAGGAAUGGAACAGAGGCCGAUCAUCCAGAGGACACAACAAAUCGCGGUUGUCUCGCGAGGAUAACCAUCGCUCAAAAUCAAGGGAUACUGAUUAUGGGAAAAGAAGGCGGCUUACUACUGAAUGAGUAUCAGAUAAAAAUUGACUUUGAGAGUUACUGCAAAACUAUAAACCCCCUUAUGGAAGAAGAGCAAGAUGAGGAAGAAGAUAGAAAGGCAGACUCUUGUCAAAGAUUGAAGACUCUUACUGGUGAAAUCUCUUCUUCAACUCAGCUUAGUUACCUAGAAGUGGAAAGAAACUUGGCAAACGUUUACCUUCUUUAAGUUAUUAGACACCUUUCCUUUUGCCAUUUUUUAUGUGAAACUUCUAAAGACCAGUGUGUUGUGGUGAUGUUUUGGCCUUUUGGGUUUCCAUCCAUUUGUGUUUAGAUGUUCUUGUUUUAACUGUUUCUGAAUUUGUUGUUGUGUAGUUGUAUUAGUUGCAGCCAAAUAGUUAGCCUGGCCAGUGUUACUGAUCUUGUUUCUCCAAGUUUUAGCCAUUUGGGCUGUAUUGUAUGUAUCUAUCAUAUUGUAAGCUCCUCAUCUGCCUUAGGAACUUCAGAGGUCAUGAGACAUGACAAAUGUAACAGCAUGAGCAUCCUUUGGGAUUGUGUUUUUGUGAUUUCCAAAAGUGAUGUAGUAGAUCAUUUUUUUUUUUUGUUGAAAAGGAAAUCUGGUCGCUCCUUGUUCAAGUGUGUACAUAAUAGAAGUUACAUUUCUUCAUUUUCAUGGAUUUUCUUUAAGUUUCUG